UGACAAUGACCAUGGCAAAUGGUAACGGUGGGGACAGCAAUGGGCUCAAGUGGCACGUUGGCCUUCUGAAUUCUCGCUACAAGUAUCUGACAGCAGAGACUUUCGGUUGCAAAGUGAACGCCAACGGAGCAGCCCUCAAGAAAAAGCAACUGUGGUCUUUGGAACCUUUUGCUUCUGAAGCCGAAGAGGAAGCAGUUUGUCUGAAAAGCCAUCUUGGGAAGUACCUUGCUGUAGACCAGUUUGGAAAUGUUACUUGCGACUCGGAAGAAAGGGAAGCUGGUGCAAAGUUCCGUGUUGUAGUCAACGAGGAUGGUCGCUGGGCGCUCAAGAACGUGGCUAGAGGUUACUUUCUUGGCGCCAGUGACGAUAAGCUUCUGUGUUCUGCUAAAGCUCCUGGAGAAGCGGAGCUCUGGACUGUUCAUUUAGCUGCCCGACCUCAGGUCAAUCUUCGUUCGGUGGGACGGCGCAGGUACGCCCGGUUAUCCGCCGAUCAAGAUGAAAUUCAAGUGGACGCGAAUACUCCGUGGGGUGAAGACGCUUUAUUCACUUUGGAAUUUCGAGACGGGCGAUACGCUGUGCAUGCUUGUAACGGUCGUUAUCUUCGAGCUGAUGGCAAACUGUCUGAAGACUGCGAGUGCCUGUUUGGUUUGGAAUUCCACGGGGGCCACUUGGCUCUCAGAGAUCCACAAGGACGUUACGUCAGCCCCAUCGGCAGCAAGGCAGUUUUACGUACCCGAUCGCAAACUGUGACAAAGGAUGAACUUUUCUCUCUUGAAGAUUCAGUACCUCAAGCUGCCUUUGCAGGUUUUAAUGGAAAAUACGUUUCUGUGAAACAAGGUGUUGAUGUCACAGCCAAUCAAGAUGAGAUAUCUGACCAUGAAACAUUCCAGCUUGAAUAUAAUGAAAAAACAAAGAGCUGGCAUAUCCGGACCAUGCAAGACAAAUACUGGUCACUUGAUAGUAGUGGUGGUAUUCAAGCUAAUGCUUCCAAAGGUCCUUCAAGUGCACACUUCACCUUAGAAUGGUUACCAGAAGGCAGUGUGGCAUUCAAAGCAAACAAUGGCAAGUAUGUAGCAGCAAAAAAAAGUGGCCAUCUGUAUGCCAACAGUGACAAAAUAGAAGACAUGGAGAAGUUUUACUUCUAUCUAAUUAAUCGCCAUACUCUUGUGCUGAAAUGCGAACAAGGAUUUGUGGGAUAUAAGAGCGCUGCCUCUCCAAAGCUAGAGUGCAAUAAAGCCACUUAUGAAACCAUAUUCAUAGAAAGAGACGAGAAAGGAAUAUGCUACUUUAAAGGAAAUAAUGGAAAAUAUUGGUAUGCAAAUGCGGAUGGUACUAUAUCUGUAGAUUCAGAAGCAAGCAGUCAAGGAUUUUACAUUGAGCUACGUGAACCUUCGAAGCUUUGCAUCAAGACUUCCAACGGGAAUUACAUAGUUGCGGAGAAAAAUGGUCUGUUUAAAGUCGGAGGCUCAGAUCCUGAAUCAGCUACAACAUGGGAAUAUUAAUUUGUUAUCUGCAUGAAAACUGAGACAGUCUUGCUCACAUAAAUGUUAAGUGUGUUUGUAGUAACAAUUUUCUUCUUUCCCAAAGACACGGAUGUCAAUAAUUUAACAAUGACACAUUUCUUUUUUGCCAAAACAUAUAUUUUUUAUAUGUUCACAUUAGAACUUUGUUUGAGAUGAUCUUUGUAUUGCUUUUUAAUAGCCUAAGAUACACUAUCAAGUUCCUUGUUUGCAUAAUUUAUUUGCUGGCAAAGUUGUUUGUGCCAACUUGGAUAGACUACCUUUUUGUAUUUUAUAAAUUUGUGAUAAAUAUAUGAAUUACUUUCCAUUUCUACUAUAAUGUAAAACAGAAUUAAAGUGUUUCUAAUAAUUAAGAAAUGCAUUUACUCUCAUUCCAAUUUGAAUUUAAUUAUACAAGUCUCUUAGCAUUGAUAAUUAAUCUGUUUUUGUAUUUGUGUUUUAUAUUGGUAUGUAGUAAUUUUUACAAUUUUUGAAUUAGUUUUACUAAACUUAAGCUGUAUCUAUGCCAUUUUUAUAUGUUUUUUCUACAAAUUUGUCAGUUUGUACAUGAUUUAUAUAAAAGUGAGAUUUUAUACCAUUUUAAAACUAAUACGAGUUUGUUCCAGCAGAUUAAGAUAGUGCUUAACUGCCCAAUCACCAGCAGCAGAAAAACUGUGAAAGUCAGUGUUUGUAAUGAUGUAAAAAUAAAUUUCAAUUUAAUAGGCCA